CAGUCAGCGAUUGCAUUGAAUGAGAGUCAGUGUUGCUGACAUUAUUCAGAUUGCAGCCACGUAAGUAAUAUACAGGCAGCGGAAAGAUGAUGUCUUAUGUCGGCUGUUGCUAAAAGGGAUUGGCCUGGUCCUCACGGCCAUCCCUUAAUAUAGAGCAAAAAAAGCUGCAGAUAUUUAUUUUCUUUGUUUCCUUUUUUUUCCGGCAUAUUUCGUUUUGCAAACAAAAACUCCAAAAAAAUUGUGCAUCCCAAGGUCGUCAUCUCAACAACUGUGCAAUUGCAAAGGCAUCUGGAGUUUCAAAGUCAUCGCUGUGUUUGGAACCUAGGCUUGGAGGAAUUAAGACUGCACGGUGGGAACACGAUACGAUUGAUCUCUUUUGUCCUUGACUGUUACUUUUUAAAAAAAAAAUUAUAUAUAUAUAUAUAUACAUAUGCAUAUAUAAUAGGUGCUCGCCAAUAUCGGAAAGUACUCGCCAGCCAAAGACUUUCUCAUGCGUGCGUGCAAAAUAAAUCUUUUAAAGUUGUACUUGGACGUUGUAAAGCAGAUGCGAGAGGGUGAAUGCCAUACUCUUGUUUGAUGAUAGUUUGAGGCUAUUUUGUUUCAGCUGCACAAGAGAAAGACGGCGACAGAGGGGAUCGGACGCCAUCUAGAGUUGGAGGGUGAGGAGUUGAGUCAAUUCCCCUGUCCGUCGCCACCUGGCUGGCUUGUGUGCAAGCGCCUCGGCCAGUCAGUGUUGUGUGUGUUUUGCUGCGGCGAAUGCCCUCGCGUAACCACAAGAACAAAAAGCAUUGUGAGCUGGCGCUCCACGUUCCGCUUCGACAGUAUCAGGGCUUUGAUUGCAUUGGACUGUUUGCUAUAAAAGCUGCAUUCAUAUGAUCCAUCCGAACAAUCUAUGCAAAAGACAAAAACUGUAGCAAUAAACUUACAGCCUGCAUUAUUACUCCAAAUGGUGCUUAUUUUAAAAUAAAGAAAACUCCUUUACUCUUACUGGGGAAAAAUACAACUGGACCUACAAGUCUAGACCAAAGUGCAAGAUACGGGGGAAACGCUCCUACAGUUUCUGGAGUUAAAAAGAACUCCCUAAACUUAAUACAAACGUGAACGCUUGUCAGUGAAGUAUUUUUUAAGUGGACUACUAUUUACAGCCCCAUGAGCAUACAGAGAUCCAGUCCAAUCAGCAUUGUAAGGUAUGGACGAUCGAGGCAUAAGACUCAUCACGAAUAUGAAGAAUUAUCUUGUGUGAGGACUAGUGACUGCAGCCAGAGUUUCAGCCCGAACCUAGGCUCUCCCAGCCCACCUGAAAGCCCUAACUCGUCUCAUUGCAUUUCUCAAAUCGGACAAUAUCUAUUGUUGGAGCCUUUAGAGGGUGACCACGUUCUUGGGGCUGUGCAUUUGCAUAGCGGCGAGGAGCUCGUUUGUAAGGUAUUCGAUGUUGGUCGAUAUCAAGAAACAUUGGCAGCUUAUUUUUAUUUGUCUGCGCACGAAAGCAUCAAUCAGAUAACUGAAAUUCUUCUAGGGGAGCAACGAUCGUAUGUUUUCUUUGAAAAGAGUCAUGGGGAUAUGCAUUCAUUUGUUCGCACUUGCAAGAGGCUCAAAGAGGAUGAAGCAGCAAGAUUGUUCUAUCAGAUAACGUCUGCUGUAGCGCACUGCCAUGACAAUGGCGUGGUACUGCGAGAUCUCAAAUUAAGAAAAUUUGUAUUCAAAGACGAGGAACGGACUCGAGUAAAGCUGGAAAGCUUGGAGGAUGCUUAUAUCUUGAAUGGUGAAGUCGAUGCUCUCUCAGACAAGCAUGGAUGCCCAGCUUAUGUGAGCCCCGAGAUCCUUAACACCAAUGGCAGCUACUCUGGUAAGGCAGCUGAUGUUUGGAGUCUAGGUGUAAUGCUGUACACAAUGCUUGUUGGACGAUAUCCCUUCCAUGAUGUGGAACCAAGUUCACUCUUCAGCAAGAUUCGACGUGGCCAGUUUAACAUUCCAGAAACUCUCUCCCCACGGGCGAAAUGCCUUAUCCGUAGCAUUUUGCGUCGUGAGCCUUUGGAAAGGCUGACAUCCCGGGAAAUCUUGGACCAUCCCUGGUUUGCCUCUGAUUUUGCAGCUUCUAGUUCCGGAUAUGGUGCUAAUGAAAAAGAAGCAGUUGAUCAACUGGUACCUGAUGUGAAUAUGGAUGUUGAGUUGGACCCAUUUUUCAACUGAGUUUACCCAUAGGUUGGGUGUCGUCAAGAAGAUAUUAACAGCUGGUACCCACCACAUGGCGUCCUUCCUGAACUGAUUAAUGGUACCCUGAAUUGACCUAGCUUGGUAGCAAAAGUGGUGCAGAUGUACAGUGACUUAAAUGACUAGCAGAGUGGGACUCCUAAGGUUAACAUGUAGCACAAGUAAUCAGGUGGUUCUGCUAUCAAGUUAGAUUGAUUGAUCGGAAGGAAAAGGCAGUGUAAAAUGUUGCAGCUUCUCAUCUCAUAGAGCCACGGAGAGCGCUGAAUACUGCACACAUGCAUAAUUGUGCAGCUCAUCACUCAUUUUAUAAUGGUUGCAAAUCACAAAUAGAAACUUAAUUAGCCUCGGCACACAAUGUAACACAUUGGCAUCGCACUGUUAGAUUAUUUUACUUCUCUCAUUAUUCAGGGAAUGUACAAUCCUCCUGUAAGAGUCUCCUAAAUUUUUUCUGAUGUUUUAACAUUUUAUUCAAUGUGAUUCAUUGAAAAAAAUUUAGGUGCACAUAAACCGACCAUAAAAUGCGGGUGCUAAAAUAAAAUUUCUGCUUGUGUUUAUAUGUAGCUAUUUUCAUUAUCUUGUGUAAUUUUUUUUUCAGAAUAUACUAAAUAUUGUCAGAAAAUGAGCAUGUUAAUGCUCAGUUCCCUAAGAGGGAAAACUGUUUUCUGUUGAGUGUAUAGUACUUCAAUGCAGGUUGGCAGGAACUAUUGAAAUUAAAUUUCAUAUGUAACUUCACUGGUAAGGAAGCCCAUAUUGGCAAACAUUCAGGGUUUGAAAUACACCUGCUGGAACCAUUAUACUAGUGUAAAGAAAAUAGUGUCCUAUCCAAUGAUAGUGUGUUUAUUUUAGACUUCAAUAUCCUACAAGUAUUAAAAUGUAUUUUAAAUUUCCCUACGUUUUCACUGCUCAUUUGUCCUUUCUUCUACAGCUAGGUAACAACUGCCUCGGGCUGUGCAAAGGUAUGGUAAUGAAGCCAAGCUAUCAUGUACCAGGCAAUUUUUAUCUAGCCCUCUUGAGACCAAUCAAAUAUUGUUUUUUUUUAAAGUGAAUGCACACUGACUAAAACAGUAACAAGGAUUGUCACAAAUCAUAGAUCUUUGUUUUUGGCAGCUGAAAAGUAGACUUUUUGAACACAUCUCACUACUUUUGGCUCUGAUCUAUUGAGUUGGCGAACAAGUCAACUUAUUGGUGAGUGUUUGCUCAUUUAAUCAGCAAAAUGUUUGUCUGUCUUGUCCUGCUGCAAACACAGGACCUCCUUGUGUGACAAAGACUUAACAAAAAAUCUUGUACAAGUGUUAAGCACCUAUAAUUGAGUAAUAUCACAAAACAAAUAAGUUUAAGCUAUUGCACGAGUGAAUGAGUGACUGGUUAGUGGUCUAAUAUUCUGUUCCGUGGCUUGGUGCUAUAUAGUUUAAUGAAUUCUGAAAUUGAAUCCUGGAUUGAAUAUUCAGUCUGUUCUGACAAUUCAAAGUUAUUUUAAUAAAAUAGAUUUUGAAUUGAAAUUAAAUGGGUUGAAAUUAAUAAGAAUAGACUGCAAUUGUUAAUAAAAUUGUUCCUGUUACUUGAAGGUUGUGCUGCCAUGAGGCGCCCUAUCUGCUGUCUGAAAAACUUAUGGUGCCUGGGACUGACCAAUCAUGAAUAUCUGCCAUUGUUAGGAAUCCACUUAUCAAGUGGGUUCCCUUCACAUUGAGCUCAGUGUGAUACAGUUACAUGCGUAAACAUCAGUUGUUCAUUUACACAAUUUCCUUUUUAAGUGUGGUUGUAAAGGCAUAAUAUGCCUAGAUUUAAAUUGUCAAGUUGUAUGGUUCAGCAAAAAAAUUGGAAUAAUACUUGGCAGUUAAAGUGGAGUAAGUUACUUAUUGCCUAUGGUUAAAAUAGUGAAAAUAAAGUAUAAAUAUGACUUUUUUAACAAUUAUAUUCAAAUGCAAGCACAUUUAUGGACCUAUAUUUGUAACAUUAUUGAGCACAGGCAAAUCUGCAGUGUGUAUUUCAAACCCUGGAUAGGUUGUAGAUUUUUUAAUUUUAGCUUGUCAAAUUACUUUUCUGCUUUCAAAUUGCUAUAUAUUAGAAAUUUCUUACCUUGCAUACUUUUCUCCUGUGUUGUCUCCAGUACCUCGGUUGUUUGAUUACUGCCUGUACCAGUUCUGUGAAAUGGUCAUGUUCUUGGGUAGGUAUACAUGGACUCUGUAGUACGUAUCUGUUAACUUGAAUUUGUGCUUUUAUAGUAUGUUGCAUGUACGUACAGCUACUUGACCUAUUUGGCUUAUGGAUGCUAUUGCCUGCAUUUCAGGAGAGCUUGUAUAUGCCAAUUAAAAACACAGAAGAGGAUGGUUAAUUAAAGUUCUCAUUUGGGGGGAGGGGGGGUGGGGGGGAAGCUGCAGCUGACCUGCCAAGUGUUAAUUUAAAAUUUUUCAAAAUAAUCAUGAAAAAAAUGGGAGUGAAUUAUAUUCACUCUGUGGAUGGUGCUAUGUUGAGAAGGAUUACUUGUUUUUGUUUCGAUCUAAAGUGGAAGGGGAACAGAGGAGACUGCAUGGUGGGUUUUACUGCCUCUGGUGUUUAUUGUAUUUGGUUUGAUGUUUUGUCCUAAUCUUCUCCUUCAGUAAAUAAAUUUGUGAAUUGC